AAAAACUGUGGGUAUUGGUGCCCAAACAGAAGGUAAGUGACAUAUCAACCGCACUUACGGAACCAAAAUUGAAAGUAGAGGCGCAAACGCUGGAAAUAAAUAAUUUCCGCUUCCUCUACCUCCUCGGUUCCUCCACCACCCACACACGGCGGUCUACGAUAGAAGAACCAAAAAUUCCAAGGCUUCUCAAAAAUAUUGGACAAGAUUGAAAUCUCCAUUCACCCUGUGUAGAUCACAAGAACAAAAUGCAGAUUGGUCACAGUCAAGCAAUUGCAAAUCUUGCUUAGUUUCGGUUUUUAAGUCUUUGACAGUUUUUCAGCCAAUAGUAAAGGUGUUGACUUGGAUACAUUUGUCAGGGAAUGCCUCAAUACAAAGAAGACCAUCCUGCUGUUCGCGUAUACACUAUUUGUGAUGAAUCUAAAUACUUGAUUGUGAGGAAUGUUCCAUCAUUGGGUUGUGGAGAUGAGCUCUUAAAAUUAUUCUCUACUUAUGGACAAGUUGAAGAUGAUGUUCAGGUGUAAACCAAUGGAUGCUGAAGACUGUGAACCAUACACUGAUGUUUACUGGAUCAAGUAUUAUCAGGUUGACAAUGCCAGGUUUGCCAAGAGGAAACUUGAUGAAUUCAUUUUCCUAGGGAAUCAAAUACUAGUAUCAUAUGCACCUCAAUAUGAGUCCCUCUCUGACACAAAGGAGAAGUUGGAAGGGAGGAGAAAGGAAGUUCUAGCAAGAUUGAACCCUAAAAGAUCCCGAGGGUCUUCAAUUUCCAGGUCCCAUGCUGCUAGUGAUCCUUCAUCUGCUCAAACAUCUGAAUUCAAUCAAAGUGAGUUCGGGGAGUUACAGAACAGUGCUUGUGGUGGAGAUUCAGCUCCCAGGACAUCAGUUUCUUCUGACAAGGAAUAUUUCUCAUCAAAAUCCAUGAAUCAAACGGUGCAAUUUGUCAGGGAGAAGUUGAAUAAGAUACAAUCAAGCGUGGAGCACGUACAAACUGGUUCUGCUAAGAGACAACGGGCAGAUAAUAGAAGAAGAAUCUAAUUAGCUUUCAAGAAAUGAGAGGCUUGUAACAAGUUUUAUGUAAAUUGAUCUCUUGCCUCUGCUGAAAAUUUUACUUCUAAUAAUUAAUUUUAUGGCUUCAUUCCUAUAAUAGAAGUGCUUUAUUUGUGAUGAA